GAGAAAUGAGAAGGUGUUAAGGUCGAGAUUGAAAGUGGAACGUGAACACGAGGAGGAGUUUCAUACCAUCGUCAUUCACGUCCAAAGGUUUCGGACGCUGGAACGUGAAGGUGGAAGCACAGCCUCUUCAAAUCAAGAAGAAGUUGUGCCCUGAGUGGACGAGCGGGGACGUCGAGGGACCGAGGGUGAGGGAGUGGCCACAGGUAGAAUGAUGGCAGGCACAGAGGGAGGGGUAAAAGCGGGAAUGGGGAAAUAAUGGGCACGAUAAUAAUGCAGGAAACGAUGAAAGGAUAAAAUUCGCGGUUCCGGCUGCUGCUGCUGCUCCGUGCGAGCUUCGCGGUAAUGGUAACGUCAAAAUUGCCUGCCUUCACAUGUCAGACAGAAACCAGAAACCAAAAUGCGAAUGGGGGCGCAAGAACGGACGGAGUGGCACGAGAAUGUGCUUACCGCGGUAAGUCCUAACGCCAGGGUAGGACCGUAAAAUUUAGGGUUAAGGUUGCAGUCCGGUCUCAGCGUGGCAGGAAAGUCCCCCGCUUGUGGUGGUGCUCCCUCGCUCGCUCUGCUGUGCUGCUCCCUCUGGUCUGGUCUCGAGCUCUAUGCACAAGAAUUUUCUCUCUCUGCACCUCGUGCAGUAGGUAGUAGCCACUGCUUGCUCCCAUGGGAGCGAGAAGGAGGAUGCGGGAUGGAGGACGAGCGGCAACAUCGCGAAACAGAGUGAUCGUCGGCGAAUUGGAGUUGUUGGAGGAGGUGGAACGAGAGCCCGAGGUCUGAACGAUGGGAUGAUGGACGAAUUUCGGAUGUCUUUCUUGAAGUGCAGAUAGAGCUGUGGUAAUGGAGAGUGGAUUGCUUGCCGCUUGUUCAUGGGGUGGGUUGGAUCGGUAAGUAGAUAGGUGACAAGGAAGGGAAGAUCACUGUCGUUUAUUAUUUCUUGAAGCAUGGAGGCUGGUGGAGAAGUUGUUGGGGAUCUAGGCGUAGAUGGUGAGCCAGUAGCCGUUCCAAUUGAGCAAGUCGAUGAGUCGGCCGAGAGGCAGAAUCGCAACCCCCGUUGGUCACAGCACGAAACUUUGGUACUAGUUGCUGCCAAGAAGCGGCAAGGUGAAGAGCUUUCUCCUGCGAUACCCCGCCCUAGAAAUCUCACUGCAGAUGAGAGGUGGGAGUUGGUUGCCGCCUAUUGCAAGGCCAAUGGUUGUGAAAGAAAUGCCUAUCAGUGCAGAAAGCGAUGGUUUGCACUGUAUGGAGACUACAAGAAGGUGAAGGAGUGGCAGAGGUCCAGUGCCGAGACCUACUGGGGCAUGAAAAACGACAGACGGCGGGAGAAUAGGCUUCCAGGAACUUUUGAUCGAGUGGUCUUUCAAAGCAUGGAUUCUUGGCUGAAGAUAAGUUCCGAUGCCCAAUUUGACACUCCUACUCGCCCGGACGAGGGGAUUUCGUCGGAGAUUGAACAAGAUGUCGAGGGGCAAGAGCUCCCGGAUAUUGCUCGUGGAGACGGGAACUCUAUUGUUCCCCGAUCAGAGCAAACAGGUGAUCUAGGAGAUAAGCGAUACCGCAACCCUCGUUGGUCACUACACGAGUCCCUCAUUCUUUUGGCUGCCAAAAAAAAGCAAGAAGAUGAUUCUGGAAUGGCUCCCAAAGCCAGAGCACGUACUGUCAGUGCUGAUGAGCGUUGGGAGUCUAUAUCUGCCCACUGCAGAACUAAUGGGUGCGAGAGAAAUGCUUAUCAAUGCCGGAAGCGCUGGAGUGCAUUGUUGGGUGAUUUCAAGCGAAUACGAGAGUGGCAGAAGCUGAGUACUGAGUCCUACUGGCUCAUGAAGAACGAGAAACGGAAGGAGAACAAGCUUCCGGCAAUCUUUGAUUACGAGGUGUUUGUGAACAUGGACUCGUGGGUAGGGAAACGGACCGGGAAAAAGUCGGGCGCAGCACCAGAAUUCUUAGAUUGUGCCCGACCUGCCAAUGGAAGACUGUUUCCGGACGUGGAGCAUGACCGGGAGGGUCAUCUAGAACCAGUUCCGCUUAUUGGUGGCUGUCAAAGAAAUACAACUUUAGCUCCUGAAAUGGGCCCAACACUACGGGAGGAAAUGCCAAGUGAUUCAACAGCCAGGAAGAAGAGGAAGCGAGGUAUGAAUGGAGACGCCAGUGACUUCAAGGGUCAGCAGUUGGCAGCUGUCUUCAAGAGCAGUGUCAAGGCAAUGCAAGCAGCUCUAGCUGAGAACACACAGAUGCAGAUUCAAGCACACCAUACUAAUAUUCAGGCCCAGAUCGAGGCCCAUAAUCUGAACAGUCAAUUGGACCGAACCCAGAGGAAGGAGCAGGGGGAGAGCUUGGUCGGAGUACUGGGAAAGUUGGCGGAGGCACUGGGGAAGAUUGCAGAAAAAUUGGUGUGAAUUUUGUGCAUCUGGAGUGUGACUAUGAAACAGCAGCGUACAUGACGACUGUCGCAUCUUUGUAAGACGAAAAUUCACGAAGGUUGGGGGAUGUAAUUUUCAAGCCUUCUGCUGGAAUUGUAGACAAGGGAAACUCCGAUACUACAGAAUCCGUGGGACAUGGAAGGUAGCUAAUGGACACAAAAAAUGACAUAGCAUCAACAAGUCGAAUGUUGAAAGGUGGAAAAAUCCAGGACAAGAUAGCGUUUGCUGUAA